AUGAAAGUCACACUUCUGGACUCAAUUAAAGAUAAAUGUCAUGAGUUCACAUUAGACUUUACAGAAGAAUGUCCAGAAGAUUCAUGCGUAAAGCUCACAUAUGAUGGAAAAUGGAAAGAGACAGAUGAAGCCCUUAUGGGUGUUGCGAAAAAUAUUCUUGAUGUAUUGGCUAAUGUUUGGAGAAAUCUAGCAUUUGGGCCAGAACUCAUGAAAACACAAAGCGAAGGAACCUAUGUUAUGGAUAUAAUAAUUUCUUUGAUUUGGGCCUUAUUUAAAGAGCUUCCGUUUAGACAAUUUGUAUUCAUCAGCACCACUGCUAGUGCAAAUAGAAAAGGAAAGGGACAUUUGGGAAAACAACCAGAUUUUAUGUAUUUACAAAAACAGGAAGGAUGUAAACCAGAAAAAGACCAAUUUGAUUCAGGUGGCAG